UCCACUCACAUGACUGCUGAGACAUUCUCAGGAUUAUUUUGCAUUGUCUGCUCAGUUACACUUGAAUAUCUCCUGGCCUGUAUGAACGAAAAACCCAAAAGUCCAUGCUCUGACAUCCAAUGACAAGCUAGCUUCGUAUGGCUGCCAGCCAAUGAGAGAUUCCUAUCACCGAAAGAGCGAAGUAAAGGGGAGAGAAAGGGGACUGGGGUGACAGAGAGAGAUCUUGUCCCCACUGAGUGAGUACAUCGGACACAUUGGUUCUCGGGAUUUGGAAUCAGGAUAAAAAUGUUUGCAAAAGCAACAAAGAAUUUCCUGAAAGAUAUUGACGCUGGAGGUGAUCUAAUACCUGUAUACAGCCUGAAUGAUUCUGAUAAGGCACAUCUUCUCGGUGUGGUGGCAAAAACCAGGAGAUUUUGGUGCUGGCAAAAACCAAAGUACCACUUUUCAUCAUGUUCGUGCACAUUGAGCGACAUAAUGACCGAGGACAAGGAAAUAAAACCAGUUGUCGUGGAAUCAGAAUUUGUUAAAUAUGAAGGGACAUUUGGCGAUGUUAUAAAAGGCAAUAUUGGAGCAGAAGUUGGAGCCCUACAGAUGAAUGCCUCUGGAUGUGGAUAUGUAGAAAGCCAGUCAUCUUUUGGCACACUAAGAAAACAAGAAGUUGAUAUGCAGCAUCUCAUGAAGGAUGUGCAUGACAGACGGAUAAAUUUGCACCAUCCUUUUAUAAAACAACUGCAGGAGAAUAAAAAUGAUGUGCUGUGCAUUUUGAAAGAAAAGAUUGUGACCACACAGAAGUGUAUUAUAACAGAGCACACACAAACAGAGGAAACUUUCAAAGGAAAAGUCAGCAUGAAAGCAAAAAUCGUAAAGGUAUCAGUUAGUGAAAAUGGAAACUAUCUCAAAGAUGAGAACACAAUUCUGGAAAUUCCUCCCCCUACAGCCAUUGCUUAUGGUGUGGUGGAACUGUACAUAAAGCACAAUGGUACAUUUGAUUUCUGUUUGUUAUCGGAAAAAAAAGGAGGAUUUGAGAAAGAAAACCUGGAGAAGCACCAACAUAGUAAUCCACUUCCAAGUGACCAGUUAGUUUUAUUCGACUGGGAUGUUGUUGAUGGGAGCAAGGAAGCGUUUGUCAGAAAAUGUAUUCUGCGCAGUGCUCCAUUAUGUUUGUUGAGGGAAGGAAUUGCAGCACAUGAGAAACACUUUUCUGCAUGGAAACAGCUUCCGGAUGUCCAGUGUCUAGAGCUGUAUACACUGCUGUGUCAAAUCCUUUAUGAUGGUCAAGCACUGUCUAAGCUACAUGCUGUGGUAGAAGAUCUGUGUUCAAAACGGAAGCCCACUCAGGCAGCUUUUGAUGAGUUAAUGCCUUCCCAGAGGAUAAUAGCAGAGAACAUUCUGUACCUUUCUGGAUAUGAUAUGCCAAAUGGAAAGUUUCUACAUGCAGCUAAUCGGGAACUGCUCGUGGCACUGCACAUCCUCACAAGCGCUCUUAAUGAGUUAUCAGACUCGGCUUUGGCAGUUCUUGGCACUUGCUGUGAGCUUCAGCUUUUACCCGUAUUCUCUGCUUUGAUGAAUAUGUCAUCAGAUGAAGGACUUUGUUCAACAACAGAACCAGCUCUGAUGGAUUUCCUUGACCAAGAAAGAUUUUAUGUUUCACAAAAACUAUUUGCUUUAUUCAACAUUGAGCUUGAAAUAAAGGAGGAUUUCAUAUAUGCAGCAACGGCAGAGGAUCCUGGCUUUUUACCACUUAUUCUUUUUAUCGUAAUCACGGGUCUGCAGUUAUUGAAGAGAGACUGAUGGAAACUAUUGGAGGGGGUUCUAAUCCUUGUUACUCCAGGACUGUGUAAUAACAUAUAAUGGAUCCCCUACUUUACUACAAAGCACUCUUUUUGCUUUUUCAAGACUGUUAAAGAUUCUCAUCACCAGCUCCUUAAUCAGCCUCUCACCGCCUCUUGUUUCUGUUUAUCAUUAUAUAUAUACAUGGUGGGAUGUACUAGGGACUUUAACAGAUCUAGACCCUCUUGCAGGUCCAACCAUGCGUUAGUCCCUCAUUUAAUAAUGCCAAGGAUACAAACAUAAGAGAAACAUUUAAUUAUCAGUCAUUCAGCCAUGAUUCCAAGAAUAAAUACACUUUUACCUGAAAUUUUACGCAAAUUUACUUUCAAGCUGGGGUUUCAGCUGUAACUAAUGGAGCAAACAAACUUUCUCCCCAAAUGUCACAGCCUUCAGGCUCAGCCCCACAGUUCGGGAUCCGCUGUUUUGUUUCCAAUGUACUUUGUCAUUUUUUGCGUCUUGUACAUUUUAACAAUCUCCCCAAUCUUCUUUUAUGUUAAAACCCAACUAAUUUACUGAUCUUGAGAAGUGACCUGAGGAACUCUUUAUCAAAGCCAAAAAGGAUGUUUUCUGCCCAAAUAUCUGAAAAUACCUUUUAUUGUUGUCACUGUGACUUGUUGUCCGUAAAUCACUUCAAUCCCAUAACGUAACACACAGGAGCAGACCAUUUCUGGCAGUUAGGCAAUGGAAAUAUAUUUCUGGCAGCAAUUUUCACUGACACCAAUAGACAGGUAUUUUUGGAUGCUUUGUUGUCAACGCUGGAGCGUGAGAAAAUAAACUGUGUGCCAUUAUAGUUUAUCCCUAAUAAAGUAAAACAUAAUUCCAA